ACAAAACAAAGAAAAAGGAAAAAAAAUCGGUUCCUCAACAGAAAAGAGGAAGCCAGCGAUCUCACACAGAGAAAGAGUUUUAGAGCGAGAAAGAAACAGAGGGAGACAGUUCUAGAGAGAGAAGCGAAAAGCCGGAAUAUUCCGUCGUAUCAUUGGAGUACUCUGCGAUCUUGGCGGCAAAGAGUUCACGGUGAACGGAGGCGGGUCUGGUAUUCGGAUCGGGGCGACUUUCGAGUGAGCAGAAAUGGUGAAUUAUAUGGUGGAACGCGCUACGAGCGACAUGCUCAUCGGCCCUGAUUGGGCCAUGAACAUCGAAAUCUGUGACAUGUGCAACCACGACCCUGUGCAAGCAAAGGAUGUUGUUAAAGGUAUAAAGAAGCGCCUUGGAAGUAGGAAUUCAAAAGUUCAACUUCUAGCACUUACACUGCUGGAAACAAUAAUAAAGAAUUGUGGAGACAUUGUUCAUAUGCAUGUAGCAGAGAAAGACCUCCUCCAUGAGAUGGUAAAAAUAGUAAAAAAGAAGCCGGACUAUCAUGUCAAAGAGAAGAUAUUGAUCCUGAUAGAUACUUGGCAAGAAGCUUUUGGAGGGCCAAGAGCAAGAUAUCCACAAUAUUAUGCUGCAUACCAGGAAUUGUUGCGUGCUGGAGCAGUAUUCCCUCAAAGAUCUGACUCAGCUGCACCGCCUGUAUUCACGCCACCCCAGACACAACCAUUGACAUCAUUUCCUCAGAAUUUGCAAAAUCCAGAUUUUCCAAAAGAUGCAGCUGAGCCUUCUGCAGAAGCCGAGUUCCCAACCUUAAGCUUGACGGAAAUUCAGAAUGCACGGGGUAUUAUGGAUGUCUUGGCGGAAAUGCUAAGUGCAAUUGAUCCUGGGAACAAAGAGGGGCUUAGGCAGGAGGUUAUUGUUGAUUUGGUUGAGCAGUGUCGUACAUAUAAGCAGAGAGUGGUACACCUUGUUAACUCGACUUCGGAUGAAUCACUUUUGUGUCAAGGACUAGCGCUGAAUGAUGAUUUGCAACGUCUUCUAGCCAAGCAUGAAGCCAUUGCUUCAGGAAAUCCAGUUCAGCCAGAUAAACCCAAGUCAGGACCUUCUGGAGCACUUGUAGAUGUUGGUGGUCCUCUAGUUGACACUGGAAAUGACAACAAACAGCUAGAUGGGAGAUCUACCUCAAGUGCCGGUGCAGGGUCUAAUCCACUUAAUCAGUUAUUGCUUACUGCACCUCCAGCUACUAAUGGUCCAACUCCAACAACAAAGGUUGAUCCCAAGAUGGAUCUUCUUAGCGGUGAUGACUUUGGCUCACCAAAGGCAGAUUCACUGGCUCUUGUUCCUGUGAGUGGUCAACAGCCAACCACUCCUGCAUCUCAGCAGAAUGCCCUUGCUCUCAUGGACAUGUUUGGCAGUGAAAAUGCUCCAAAUUCUGUUAAUGUAGCUAGCCAAAUCAAUCCUUCACCACCCCAAUUCCAACAGCAGCAGAAUUUUCAAGCUUCACAAGGAGGUUUUUACCCAAAUGGAAGUGCCCCAAACAUGGGGGGGCCUCAGUAUGAACAGGCACAGUACACACAAGGUGCUGGUCCUGCCUGGAAUGGUCAGAUUGUGCAGUCGCAGCAGCCACCUUCACCAGGCUACGGUUCACCAACUAAUGGAUCAUUACCACCACCUCCCUGGGAAGCUCAGUCAACAGAUGAUGGUAUCCCAGUCGCAGGUCCUCGAUACCCUCAAUCACCAGUGCAAGUUACUACCAAGGUGGUUGUCACACAUGGGCAGGGUGGUUUCAAUCCCCAGGGACCUCAACUGACAGGGACUGACCAGGUAGUAGGUAUGUACAUCCAGCCAAUUACGACCACCCAUUUGUCAGCAAUCAACAACCAGGUUGGUCCAAGCAGUCAUUUGGGUUUGCCUGCUCAACCAGUACAAGGGCCAUAUACGGGUAUGACUCCGCAGGCUAUUCAAGCAGGCCAGAUGACAUCUAUGUAUCCUCAACAAAUGUAUGGUAAUCAAAUGGUCCCCUAUGGCUACGAUCAGCAACAGCAACAGCAGCAGCAGCAGCAUCAAGCGUAUGCCCUUCAGCAACAGCAACAUCAACAAGCGUAUGCACUUCAGCAACAGCAACAGUAUGCCCUUCAGCAACAGCAACAAGCAUAUGCCCUUCAGCAGCAAAUGUAUGGUCUUUCUGUUAGAGAUGAUAAUAGUAUGAAAAACUCAUACCAGGUUUCCGCUCCAUCUUAUGUUACGCCCAGCAAGCCAUCCAGGCCAGAGGACAAGCUAUUUGGAGACCUUGUUGACUUUGCAAAACUCAAGCCAACUAAACCCACCUCUGGUGCAGCCGGUAGCGUCUGAAGUUAUUAUUGGUUUCCUGUCUUUUUACUUUUCUUUAUUUUGACCAACUUAAAUUUUUUUCCUUCUUCUCCUCUUUUUUUCUUUCAUCUUUGGUCUUUUCUCAAUAUAUAUAAUUUUUUCGUUGAGCUGUUGGCUCCAUAUCUGGGUUUGUGCUUGUAUGGCAUUGGGAUCAUGUACAUUCUUUGUAGAAAAAACCCGAUAAAAAUGGGAGACUUCCAUGUGAUUUAGAUUGAAUUGAUGAGAUUUGCUUUCUCUUCGUUUU